UAUGUGUCGAAGCAGAGCCGCACAACUUCCGAUCUGGACCAAUAGCAUCAUAGCCCGGGAGUCUGCGCAGUACGAUUUGAGGAUACUGAAAAAUGGACGAAUCAACAUCUAUUUUGGAAAGUCAAGGCGUUUCCCAAAUAUUUUCAAAGGCCAACCCUCGGGCAGAAGCUAUCCGAUCAAAGCUCAUUCAGGAUUUCAAUUUAUUGGAUCAUUUUCAAGGAUCAAUCAUCAAUGAUCCAAAAUAUAAUAUGAAUGACAUCAAAGAUCCAAAGAUGUUGACCAAGUUGAUGAUUGAAGAUUCACUGCAAUUGGUGCGUUUUGAUUUUAAUCCAGUUCGAAAUAUCAAUAUCUCCUCAAAUCACAGACUGAGAAAUUAUCUUCAGUAUCGCUACAUCAAAUAUCCACCACUCAAUAUGUGGGCAACAUGGAUCUUAGAAAGUACAUUUUUCAGUAAUCUUAUUUUGUACCUCAUUAUCAUCAAUACUGUUGUAUUUGGCGUGUUAGUAGAUGUUGCUCACAAUCCUGGAAAGAAUUUCUCUGUCCUAACGACCAUAUUGUCAGUCAUCGACUGGUGCAUCCUCUCAGUACUGAUGAGUGAAAUUAUACUCAGGUGGCUUAAAGAUUUUGUAGGAUUUUGGAGAAGCGGUUGGAACGUCUUUGACCUGACAGUUCUAAUUAUUUCUAUCAUUCCAGAGGUGAUCAAGACAAUUUAUUACCAAACUGGCAGUAAACUUCAUUUUUUAAAAGUUUUUCGUAUCUUCAGAGUUUUACAUUCUUUGAAAAGAAUGAGAAAAUUUCAUCAAUUCCGACUACUUCUGUUGACUGUAACAAAAGCACUAAAGGCAAUGACUUUCAUCUUGCUGUUGGUGUUGAUAUUUGCCUAUGCUUUUGCAAUCAUUGGAGUGUCACUGUUUCGGAGCUACACAGAAUCAAGCAACCCUGGGCGUGCUUAUAAGACAGCUUUUGUUGAUAUCCUGCAUACAUUGCAGACCCUUUUUCAACUAUUUACCCUGGACCACUGGCAUAGUUUGUUUCUUGACAUAUGGGAAGUAGACGAAGUUGACAAACUUGCAAGUAGCAUCUACAUAAUAUUCUGGAUCCUGAUUGGCGCCUUCAUAUUCAGAAAUAUAAUUGUAGGAAUAAUGGUGAGCAAUUUUCAGACUAUAAGGAAAGAUCUUUCAGCAAAAGUUCAACAACUUGAAGACCAACGGAAGGCAGAGGAGUUUAAACAACAGAUUAUGCAGAGGAGGAUGAGUCAGCCAACGAACAUAAAGGACAUUUUGGGUAAAGGAAUGGGGAAAGCAGACUCUGAAUAUUCUGGUCUCAGUGAAGUUAAUUUCAAAGGGAGCAGUCAAGGGAGUUACUCAAGUGAGGCCUCCUCUAUGGCCGCAGGUAAAGAUUGGGGGAACUACAUUCGUAAAAAUAUAAAACUAAUGAAAUACAACCCAACAAGAGAGAAGAUUAUUUGGCCAAGAGACUCCUUGUUUCGUUAUUAUGAGCUACUUGAGCAGCUCCAAUAUAAUUUGGAGGAACGGAAGACAUUGCAAUUUCUAGCAGCUCAAGCCCUCAUGAAUAUACAUGAUGUAUAA